AACACACACAUCUAAAAUGUAAAUAGUUUGUGGAGAAAGUCUGACGCACGGAACUAAAAUAUAGGAACGAUUGUUCGGCAGCGUGUUUCCGUCCUUUCCACAUUUUCAGAUCGGACCCACCCGCUGUCGCAGAGCUGUGAUCUUUACGGCGAUCUGAAGUAAACACCUGCUGCCAGCUCAGUCAACAAGAUGCCCAAAAAGAAAACCGGUGCUCGGAAAAAGGCUGAGAGUCGUAAAGAGCGAGAGAAACAGAUAAGAGCCAACCGGGAACAUGUGGAUGUGGCCAAACACCCCUGCAACGCCAACAUGGAAUGUGACAAAUGUCAGAGAAAACAGAAGAACAGAGCUUUCUGCUACUUCUGUAACUCAGUGCAGAAGCUUCCUGUCUGCGCCCAGUGUGGCAAAACCAAGUGCAUGAAGUCCUCAGACUGUGUAAUCAAACAUCCAGGGAUCCACAGCACUGGGAUGGCCAUGGUGGGGGCAGUAUGUGACUUCUGUGAAGCUUGGGUAUGCCACGGUAGGAAAUGUCUGAGCACUCACGCCUGUGCAUGUCCCCUGACUGAUGCGGACUGCAUAGAGUGUGAUCGCAGUGUCUGGGAUCAUGGAGGGCGAAUCUUCCGCUGCUCCUUCUGUCAAAACUUCCUGUGUGAGGAUGAUCAGUUUGAGCACCAGGCAAGCUGCCAAGUCCUUCAGGCAGAAACUUUCAAAUGUGUUUCCUGUAAUAGACUGGGGCAACACUCCUGCCUGCGCUGUAAGGCCUGUUACUGUGAUGACCACGCCAAGAGUAAGGUCUUCAAACAGGAGAAGGGCAAAGCUCCACCAUGUCCUAAGUGUGGCCAUGAGACACAGGAGACCAAAGACCUCAGCAUGUCCACCCGCACAUUGAAAUUUGGCCGCCAGGCUGGCACCGAGGAUGACGACGAUUAUUACGAUGGAGCAUCAGGGUACGACUCGUACUGGAAGAACUUAGCAUCUGGAGGCAGAGACCAACAGGAUGACUACGGAGAGGAUGACGACUAUGAGGAAGAUGAGGAUGAGGAGGAGGAGGAAGAUGAAGAGGAGGAGGAGGAGGAAGAAGAAGAAGAGGAGGAGGAAGAAGGUGAAGAGGAAACGGCUGCUGGUUCCCUGGCUGGUCUUAAAUUGGAUGGGACUACUGCCUGAGCUAAGACAGAGACUGGAGAGCCUGUUGGUAGAGAGCACAGUCCCAUAGAUCCAAAUGAUCCUCAGUGGAUGUUGUUACAGUUCAGGAAUUAAGAGAUUAAUUAAACCAUGUAAAAUGAAAAUAGCUCAAGAAUGUGAGAAUUUGGCUGGCAUAUCUAGACUGGGUAUUCAGACCAGUGUUUACACAAACCGCUGUGCAGGAAGUAGAAGAAAAAUAAGAGGCUCAAUUAACAGGCAGGUCUGAGUUUUUCAGAAAUUAACUGAUAAAAGUAAAGUAAACAAGAUUAUGACUCUGACCAGACAUUCACUGCAAACUGUUGGUACUCAACAGUUUUUGAUAUCACAGACACAUUCACAGAGGUUUCGAUACCCAGUUCUAGAGACAACUUGUUUUCUGCUUUUCUUGUUACAGUCAAGACUAGAUUAAUGAACUGGGAGGUCCCCAGAGCCAAAAUCAGCUCCAAACUGUCUUUUGACUCAUUCAUGUGGUGAUUUGGGAAACAGUUUUAUUUGGGAAAAUGCACCCUGUAAAUUUUGACACAGGGCUGCCUCCCUCAGCAAGACAGGUAAUAUUGUUAAUAUUGAGAUCUUUUAAUGAACUCUCAGUCAUACACCAGACAGGUGACAAAUUAAAGGAAAAACCAAUACUGCACAUACUGCAAGAACAGCUUCAGUGUUCUUGGACACUGAAUCUGGGGAUGGAGCAACAUUCCUCUGAAGGAAAUUCCUUUGCUUGUUGUUUUGAUGAUGAUGUCUAACACAGUCCACAAUCUCCCUUACGUCUUCAACUGGGUUCAGAUCUGGCGACUGCGAAGGCCAUGGCAUAUUAUUCUCAUUCCUCAGUUUUUUCCUUUAAUUUGUCACCUGUUCAUAGUGUGACCAUCAGUUUUAAUUAAUUCAGUAAGUUACAGAGCCUUGCUGAGACUACAUUACUGCCCAACACUGCCAACUCCACCAUUUCAAUUGUUUUUGCUGCCAGUGAUCCGAAUUAAUGUUUUAGUGGUGUGUAUUCCCAACAAAAGUCACAGUUACUGAAAUCACCAUGGUGGUUAUGGGGCCUUCUGUGCACUUGGUAGUGUUGUAUGAUUCAUACUUCCAACGUCCCUGAUCAAUGUAAUCAGCUGAAUUUGAGACAUGUUUAAAUAUGCCAUUAAAUAAUAAAAUUCUUUUGAAACGA